AGAAGGCCUUGAGGGGAGAGACAGCCCCCCCCCCCCAGCAGGGGAAGGGGUGUGUGGCUGGGGGGGAAGGUUGGGGUCAUUCAGGAGGUGCCCCCGACGUGGGGGGGAAGGGAUGUGGCAGCAUCUGGGGCUGAGGGAGGGGGAUGGGUCAGUGGGGCCGGGAGAGGAGAGCCCCCUAUGUGAAAGGGGUGGGGGGCUGGGACGAGGUCACUGGAAAGCCCCUCUUGUAGAGGGGAGGGGACUCAUUGGGGCGAUCUACAUUGAAAGGGCGGGGGUGGGGGCUGCCGACUUCGCCCCCGUGUGGAAGGGGAACUGGGGGGUUGUGGGAAUGGGAGUCCCAGGAGGAGAAGGGGGGAGAAGCCCCCCUGAUCAUGCCCCUGAAUCAGGAGCACGGAGGGUCAGGAUUAGGGGCUGAUCCUGAGGGGUGAGGACCCCGCAGGGCUGGAUCCUGGGGCCCGGGAUACGGUGCUGCACCCCGAUGUCCAAGCCGUUCCCCUGCCCCCCAACUCCCCCUCUCUCCCCCCAGCAGGCCGUGGGGCGAUGGAGCCAGACUGCAAGCGCAGGAAGAUGGAGGAGCCCGCGGACCCCCCGUGGGAGCCGUUGCUGGUGCUGCCCGAGCUGGAGUCGCAGGAGGUGGAGCUGAGCCCGGCCUACGCCGCCCUCCUUGUGCUGGCUGCUUCGGAUCUCGAGACGUCCCGCGGUGUUGCGGGUGAGCUGGCGGCCGCCCCGCUCCCCCUGACGGAGCUCUCCACACCUGACAGCGGGUGCGGGCGGCGGGGGGACACCCAGCCGCUUGGAGCUCUCCUCUGCCCGGUCCGCCGCUUCGCGGUGGCGCCUUUUCUGCGAGUACGCUGGCUGUGUAGUAUCCUCCCGACGGUGCGUGUGGACGUCGACGGCUGGGGGACCUUCCUGGAGGUGCCUGCCCGGCCCCCUCUCACCCGGCCUCCAGUUUCGAUGGCGGCUGCCCGCACUGGGGCCAUCGGCUCUUCUGCACGAGCACAAACGGUACCAGCCAGGCUGGCCGGCGCGCUUCUCAGCCCUCCAGGACAGGCGGCCAUGUGCAAGCCACAAUGUGAGCAGCGCCGUUUCCGGAUUGUUUGCUUCGGCUUGCUCGGGGUGCGAGCCUUUGGCAUGUGCCGGUCGGCGCCGCGGGUGAUCCGGGUCAGGAAUCCCAGCGCGUCUUCAUCUUACGGCGCGGUCUUCCUCUACAUUCUGGGGCCUUUAGGGUCCGGCUUAUACCCUCACGGCUACCAGGACCUUCAACCACGCUACGUAUUGGUCUUUCCGGGCGUCAUGGAGGGGCCCGCCUUGGCUGGGUCCGGUUGA